GGAUUCGGAUCGUGUAAUCCUGGUGAACUCUGCUGGCCAGGGCACAUGUCAGCAUUUCUUGGAAGAAUUCUCCGCGUUCGUGUUCUUGUUUGCCAAGGGUUUUCAAGGCCUAACAGCAAAAACGUCUUUCCUCUAUCCAACUCUUUCUGUCUGGCGAGUUCAUCUUUGAACUCUUUUCAACUGUCUACAACGAUGGCACAGAAGAAACCUUUCGAACGACUUCUCACAAGUGUGCUUCCGAAGAACUACAAGCUGACAUUGAAGCCAAAUCUUACGGAAUUCACCUUCACCGGGGAAGAAGUUAUCGAUGUGGAGGUUCGACAAGCAGCAGACAAGGUGACCAUGAACUGCCUGGACAUUGUUAUCAAGUCUGCAAAUUUCUCUUCUGAUGGUUCAGUUGUCAAUUCUUCUGCAAUCAGUUAUGACAAAGAAGAGGAAACAGUGACAAUCAGCUUCCCUUCACCCCUCCCCCUGGGAAAUGGUCAGUUAUGCAUGGACUUCACUGGCGAGUUGAAUGAUAAAAUGAAAGGAUUUUACAGGAGUAAAUACACCGGGACAGACGGAAAAGAAAAGUAUUGCGCUGUCACACAAUUUGAACCUACAGAUGCUCGGCGAGCAUUUCCUUGUUGGGAUGAGCCUGCCCUUAAAGCCACAUUUGAUGUUACUUUGGUUGUGCCUAAAGACAGGGUUGCUUUGUCAAACAUGAAUGUUGUAGAAGAGAAAGAUGUUGCCAGUGAUGCCUCCCUUAAAACAGUGAAGUAUGCACAGUCGCCUGUCAUGUCUACGUAUCUGGUGGCAUUUGUUGUUGGGGAGUUUGACUUUGUUGAAGGAAAAGAUGCUGAUGGUGUCCUUAUUAGAGUUUACACUCCAAAAGGAAAAGCCAUCCAGGGGCAGUUUGCUUUAGAGGUUGCACAGAAGACACUACCAUUUUAUAAAGAGUACUUCAACAUCAGUUAUCCUCUACCAAAGAUGGACCUCAUUGCUAUUCCUGACUUUGCAGCAGGGGCUAUGGAAAACUGGGGCCUUGUUACUUAUAGGGAAACUGCACUUCUUGUUGAUCCAGAAAACUCAUCUUCUGCAGCUAAACAGUGGGUUGGACUUGUUGUUGGACAUGAACUUGCACACCAGUGGUUUGGAAAUUUGAUAACCAUGGAAUGGUGGACACAUUUGUGGCUAAAUGAGGGCUUUGCAUCAUGGAUAGAGUAUCUGUGUGUAGAUCACUGUUUUCCAGAGUGGGAUAUCUGGACACAGUUUGUCACGACUGAUUUCUCCAGAGCUAUGCAACUAGAUGCCCUUACGAACAGUCACCCAAUUGAGGUCCCUGUUGGACAUCCUGGUGAGAUUGAUGAGAUUUUUGAUGCAAUCUCAUACAGCAAAGGAGCAUCUGUCAUUCGAAUGCUCCAUGAUUAUGUCGGUGAAAAGGCUUUCAAAGAAGGACUUUGUUAUCAUCUGGAUAAAUUCAAGUACAGCAAUGCCACAACUGAGGACCUGUGGGCCAGUUUGUCCCAUGCCAGUUCCAAACCUGUGGCUGCUGUCAUGGAAACAUGGACAAAACAAAUGGGAUUUCCUGUGCUGUCUGUUACAGCAGAACAGAAAGGAGACUCAAGGGAAGUUACCAUCACACAGAACAAGUUCUUUGCUGAUGGAGUCAGUCAAGGUUCCUACCAUUGGCAAGUUCCAGUGAGCAUUUCAUCAAGUGCAAAUCCUCUUGAAAGUGUAGCCAGUACGUUAUUGGAUCAGACAUCUUGUACUGUGACAGUCAGUGGAGUCGAACCAGAUCAGUGGGUUAAGGUAUGCUUCUUGUUACCAUGCAGCCUUUGACAUGUACAUUCUUAUCCCCAGAGGCGGCGCUCCUUUUGGUCAGCACCAAGAAUCAUGACUUCUGGCCCAGUCCAACACCGGAAAUCCAUGAUUCAUGGACUUCCCGUCAUUCUGCGCAUGCUCAGAGUCAAGUCUGACAAAUCUGAUUGGCUGAGUAUGCAAAACAAUUACUCUGCGCAUGCUCAGAAAAUUGGGCCUUCCUAGAAGCCCAAUUAGAAGGAGCUUAGCCUCUUGGGACGAGAAUGAUGCCCAUGAGCUGUACUCGUUUUCGUGAGCAUGCGCAGAGCACUCGUUUUGUAUUCUCUGCUGAUCAGAUUUGUCAGAUUCGACAAGAAGUUUUGAAUCUAGUAGUCCGAAUUUCGAGUUGGGCCAUUCACUUUGCGAGUCUGGUUGUUUGAGUUUUUAUUUUAGCUGAGCCAAGAAAAAAUACGGAUCUAUUGUUUGUUGGUAUUGUUUCUAUUUUUCGUUGCUCUGGUUAUAUUUGAGAAAUAAUUCGUUUCCUCCAAAAAAUUCUUUCAGUGUCUCAAAACGUAAAACUGGAAAUUCAAGUCCCAAAACUUGAUUCUCAGAUCUUGAAAGCAUUGAGGAUUGAGCAUCGAUUUUGAGUUGAAACUGUCAUCA